GAGCUGUUCUAAUUCAAGGGCUGUGAUCGUCUUCGACUCAGUCCAACGGCCAAGAUGUAUACAGAUGAUAAAGGACAUUACGAGAGCGUUGUGAUUCGUUGAUUUAGUCUCCUAGUCUACACCAUUUGUCUUUUGUCUUCGAGAGAAGAGAGAAAGAAGAGAAUCGAACUUUCGUUGAAAAAGGCAUUUGAUAGAGAGAGAGAGAGCAAGAGUAUGGCGGAGAGUAAUGGUCGGAGGAUCGGAGUGGCGGUGGAUUUCUCGGAGUGCAGCAAGAAGGCUCUGAACUGGGCGAUCGAGAACGUGGUUCGCGACGGAGAUUAUCUAAUCCUCAUCACUGUCGCUCACGAUAUGCAUUACGAGGAUGGCGAGAUGCAGCUCUGGGAGACCGUUGGAUCUCCUCUGAUUCCGCUGAGUGAAUUCUCGGAAGCUGCUGUGAUGAAGAAAUAUGGAGUGAAGCCUGAUGCUGAAACCCUUGACAUUGCCAACACUGCCGCUAGGCAGAAAUCUAUUACAGUAGUGAUGAAGAUAUAUUGGGGAGAUCCUCGUGAGAAGAUAUGUGAAGCCGCUGAACAUAUCCCUCUCUCAAGCCUUGUCAUCGGUAACCGUGGCCUUGGUGGCCUUAAGAGGAUGAUAAUGGGAAGUGUAAGCAACCAUGUUGUGAACAACGUGGCAUGCCCUAUCACCGUCGUGAAGGCUCACCACUGAGCUUUGUGUUGAUAUUGCUCGGAUAACCCGAUAACCCGAUAACCGGUGUAUAUCCUAAGAUUUGUGUAUCGUAAUCUGUAUUUAUAACUCUUGUGUGACUUGUAUGUUGUUUAUCUUGUGCAUCUUUAUCUGAUUUCAUGGGUCAAAAAUACUUCUACCUUCUAAUAAAAUAAAUACUCGUUUUGAGUUUUGGACCAA